AUGGACGCAGGUGUUAUGCAGGACAUUGACGUUUAUCCUGCUGGUAACGACAAGACCUUUGAGACAUUCUUCGAUCAAUCUACAGACUACUCGCAGCAACUAUCAUCCAUCAGCUUCUGGGACGAACUCGAUAGGUCAGCUGAAUCAAGUGUUGUGAACUCGGUUCCGACUUCAGGCUCGCAUCAGACCCCCAGCACUUCCGCUGACUCGCCAGCCUCAACUGCUUCUCAGAACCUUUCUACCAUCUCGCAUAAGCACAAGCUUGCCAGACAGGAGCUACCUAAGAAGCGCCAGUGUUCUGAUAUCAGAAGAUCCAAAUUUGCCGAGAACCCAUCCACCCUCGACUGUUCUGAUUACUGGCUUCGCUUCGAUAGUGACAACGAGAGCGAUCCUCUCUUUGCUGAAAACCGAGAAAACAGAACCGGCAAGUCUCCGAUCCUAGCUCAACCUCGUCCUAGGUCAAGGAUUGUCGGGAGAUCCGGCAACAAUUUCAAAGUGGCUUAUCCGCCGUCGUCUACUGCUGAUCUAGUCGACGAUAGCGCCCUAGAUCACGCGCUAUCGGACGAAGACGACCUCUUCUCUAUGGCCUUGGCCGAUCAACUUACUAAGAACGACUCGGCCCCCAUACCUUCUGAAGUACCCCCGCGCGAGAGACUUUACUCGACGCCGCUAAGCUGGGAGCCGCCGCAGCCUGGCUUUCGCAUGGACUACGUGAACGUUAACCCCCCUUUUAACGACCCCGAGCGUCAGAGACUACUGGCUAUUGCUAUGGGCACGGGGCAAGUCCCGCAACAACAAAUAGCCGCAAGACAAGCUCCUGGAAUGGAUUUUAGAUUCGAAGUUAACCAAAGCCCAACUACUAUGAGCGAUAGUAAAAGCAAUACACCCGAGCCUCGUAUCAAGCCAACUGCAACACGACCCCAAGCACCAUCACGUACUAACUCCAUGGAUGCUACUGAGAAGUCCAAGGAGAAGCCUAGGAAUAGUGACCGGGCGGCACAUAACGACAUCGAACGAAAGUAUCGUACCAAUCUGAAAGAUAAGAUCGCUGAACUACGAGACGCUAUUCCGUCUCUACGCGCAAUACCUGAAGAUGGAGACGACAACGAUAACGGUGGCGCAUCGAGAACGGCACCUAAAGUAAGCAAGGGCACCGUCUUGACUAAAGCCACCGAAUACAUUCACCAACUGGAGCGUAGGAAUCGGUCGAUGGCACAGAAGAAUGAAGAACUCGCUCGCCGGCUACAUGCCUUCGAACAGUUGGUUGGCGCCGCUCCUGCACCAAAUUGGGCACCCCAAGGAUACGGCGCUUCUGUCUUCAACCCUAGAGCCUUUUCUUAA